GCGGUGACCAUGGACCUCACCUACGCCGCGGGGCCCACGCAGCGAACCGCGGUGGUGAAAUCCGAUCAGGGAUCGCUCGACACCCUCCCGUUGUUCACCGACGGGGACACCGUCGCCGGGACGGUUCACAUAUCACCAGCCCCGGGCAAGCGCGUGGACCACCUCGGGGUGAAGAUCGAGGUCCUAGGCCAGAUCGAGCUCUACUUUGACCGGGGAAACGCGUACGAUUUCGUCUCGUUGGUUCGAGAGGUGAUGACGCCGGGUGAGCUCGUUUCGCCGACGUCCGUGCCUUUCGAGUUUAAGGACGUGCAGCUCCCGCACGAGACGUAUCAGGGCAUCAACGUGCGACUGCGGUACGCCGUGAGGGUCACGAUGCAGCGCUCGUACGGCAACACGGUGGCGCAGGAGUUUCGUUUCCUCGUCAGGAACGCGGGAAUACCUCCGCAGCUCGACGGUCCGGGGAUCAAGAUGGAGGUUGGCAUCGAGGACUGCCUGCACAUAGAAUUCGAGUACGCCAAGGCCAAGUACCACCUUAAAGACGUCGUCGUGGGUAAGAUAUUUUUCCUGCUCGUGCGGAUCAAGAUCAAGCACAUGGAGGUUGAGAUUCGCCGGCGAGAGAGCACCGGGUCGGGGCCCAACACGUACAACGAGAGCGAGACCAUCGCCAAGUACGAGGUCAUGGACGGCGCGCCCGUCAGGGGGGAGAGCAUACCGGUGCGACUGUUCCUGUCGCCGUACGACCUGACGCCCACGUACAAGAACGUGAGCGACAGGUUCAGCGUCAAGUACUACCUCAACCUGGUGCUGGUGGACGAGGAGGACAGGAGGUACUUCAAGCAGCAGGAGAUCACGCUCUAUCGCCACGAGCUGUGAGCGCCGACGAGGGACGAGGACGAGGCGUGUGGCUCGUUUUUUCGUUCGUCGGUGGGUUCUUUAGCAGUACACGUGGAGCGUGCGUUUCUUAGCUAGUGGUGUAAUCCGCUACGCGAUAGGCCCGUAGCA